CAAAGCAAUGGAACAAAAGAGUUUACUGUUGUCUGCUUUGGGCGUUGGGGUUGGGUUAGGGAUGGGGCUCGGAUUGGCUUCGGGUCAGAGCAAUUGGACAGGAGGCGGUUCGGCUGCAUCGAUCGGUCCCAAUUUGGAGGAUAUGGAGAAAGAAUUGAUCCGCCAGAUCGUUGAUGGCCGAGAAAGUCAUGUCAGAUUCGAUGAGUUUCCCUAUUAUCUAAGUGAGCAGACUCGUGCAUUGUUAACCAGUGCUGCCUAUGUUCACUUGAGACAUGCUGAUGUCUCCAAGUACACAAGGAACCUUGCCCCUGCUAGUAAAGCCAUCUUGCUCUCGGGACCUUCGGAGCUUUACCAACAAAUGCUUGCCAGAGCUUUAGCUCAUUACUUUGAAUCGAAGUUGCUGCUGUUGGAUGUAACUGACUUUGCUUUAAAAAUUCAAAAUAAAUAUGGAACUUCCAAGGAAUCUUGUUUCAAAAGAUCUCCUUCGGAAUCAACACUAGAGAGAUUGUCCGGCCUGUUCAGUUCUUUUUCACUCCUUCCACAAGAGCAACCUACAGGUACAUUGAAGCGGCAAAGCAGUGGUGCGGAUCUCGUAACAAGGAGAAACGAAAGCCUUCCAAAGCUGCGUAGGAAUGCCUCAGCAUCAGACAAUAUAAAUGCCCUUGCCUCUCACUCUUCUCCUGCAAAUCCAGCUCCUACUUCACGAACAAGCGGUUUGUUUUUCGAUGAGAAGCUGCUUAUACAGGCUCUUUACAAGGUGUUGGUUUAUGUGUCGAAAGCCGCUCCCAUUGUGCUGUACCUUAGGGAUGUUGACAAGCUCUUGUUUAGAUCACAAAGGUUUUACAAUUUCUUUCAACAAAUGUUAAAGAAACUGUCUGGAAAUGUGUUGAUCCUCGGAUCCCGAGUCGUCAAUCUCGGUAACGAAAACCAAGAGUUGGACGAGAGGCUUCACAUCCUUUUCCCUUACAACAUUGAGAUCAGGCCACCGGACGACGCUCGCCAUUUUGUCAACUGGAAAUAUCUACUGGAAAAGGACAUGAGCAUGAUCCAAACUCAGGAUAAUAAAAAUCACAUCAUGGAGGUGCUAUGGGCUAACGAUCUCGAUUGCGAUGAUCUCAAUUCGAUCUGUGUUGCUGACACGAUGGAACUCAGCAGAUACAUAGAGGAAGUCGUGGUCUCGGCGAUUUCUUAUCAUUUGAUGAACAACAAGGAUCCCGAAUAUCGAAAUGGAAAACUUGUUAUAUCGUCGAAAAGCUUGUCUUAUGGAUUGAAUUUAUUCCAGGGGAAGUUUGGUGGUGAUAAGUUAAAACUGGAACCACAAACUGAAAGAUCAAAGGAAGCUGCAAAAUUUUCUGCAGUUAUGAAGCCGGAAUCAAAAUCCAGAACCGGGACUGGGACCACCACUACAACUACGACCACGACCACAAUCACAAAUCCAGAAAAGAUUGACUUUGAAAUUUCUGCUCCAGCCGUGAAAAUUCCUGAAGUUGUUCCAGACAACGAAUUCGAAAAGCGAAUAAGACCCGAGGUCAUAGCACCAAACGAGAUCAAUGUGACAUUUGCCGAUAUCGGUGCCAUGGAUGACACGAAAGAAUCUCUGCAAGAGCUAGUGAUGCUACCUCUACGACGGCCAGACCUUUUCAAAGGUGGCCUUCUGAAGCCUUGCAGGGGAAUACUGUUAUUCGGUCCUCCCGGAACCGGGAAAACAAUGCUAGCGAAAGCCAUUGCUAGAGAAGCUGGUGCGAGCUUCAUUAAUGUAUCGAUGUCGACCAUUGCUUCUAAAUGGUUUGGAGAAGACGAGAAAAACGUCCGAGCGUUGUUCACAUUGGCAGCCAAGGUCUCUCCUACGAUCAUAUUUGUAGAUGAGGUAGACAGCAUGCUCGGCCAGAGGACUCGAGUCGGAGAGCACGAAGCUAUGCGAAAGAUCAAAAACGAGUUCAUGGCUCAUUGGGACGGGCUCUUGACAAAGCCGGGUGAACGCAUCCUCGUCCUCGCUGCAACCAACAGGCCGUUCGACCUCGAUGAAGCGAUCAUUAGGCGAUUCGAGCGAAGAAUCAUGGUGGGGCUUCCAAGCAUAAAAAACCGGGAAAAGAUUUUUAGAACUCUUCUGGCGAAGGAAAAAGUAGACCAGAAUGUUGAUUUCGCAGAGCUUGCUGCCAUGACUGAAGGAUAUACUGGAAGUGACCUCAAGAACUUGUGCACAACGGCUGCUUAUCGUCCGGUCCGGGAGUUAAUAAAGCAAGAGAGAUUGAAAGAUCAGAAGAGAAAGAAGAAAGAAGCAGAAGGUAAGAACUCGGAAGGGCCGUCUACUAAAAACGAGGUAGGGGAAAGAGUUAUUACCUUGAGGCCAUUAAACAUGGAAGAUUUAAGGGAAGCAAUGAAUCAGGUGGCAGCUAGCUUUUCUUCGGAGGGAGCUGGAAUGAAUGAGUUAAAGCAAUGGAAUAAUUUAUACGGGGAAGGGGGUUCCAGAAAGGAGCAGCAGAUAUCCUACUUCCUAUAA